AUGCGGAGGGCGUUCCAUAAGGAUAACCGCAUAGUCCCCUUGGGGAUUAUGCUGUUGACUUUUAUAGUGUUUGUCUACCACUUCGAGUUGGAUCGUCAGGGUCCACUAGGGGAAAUCCCUGCGAAAGCCGUGCAAGCAGUGCCAAAUGCCCUGAUUGUUGAGUCUGCGCGGACUGCCUCUCGUCCCCUAGAAGAACCGGUCGAGGCACAACCGAUCAAAGAGGAGUAUCAGGAACACCAUGCGGUGCCUUCUGCUAUUCCUUCAGCAAAGCCGAUCGUCUCGUCAAGCUCUACUGCUGCAAAGCAACCACACAGCGCCAAGGGCUUGAGUACAGAUGAUAUCGUCCUUAUGUUCAAGACAGGUGCAACCGUCCUAUGGAAGCGAGUACCCAUCCACCUCACCACCAGUCUUUCCGCGCAUCGAAUCAACCACGACAAUGUCAUCAUCUACUCUGACUACCCCGAAACCAUUGGCGAUUGGGAGAUUAUCGACGUGCUCGCAAACACUUCGGAGCAAGUGCGCCACUCCGAACUAUUCGAGCCCUACGUGCAGCAGGGAGAUUACGAGGCGCGCCAAAACUACGCCGAGCAGCUGAAUGUGCCAGGAGACUCUGCGGGGUCGUCGGGCGGUUGGAAGCUCGAUAAAUACAAGUUUCUGCCGAUCGUCGAUCAUGCAGGCCGCAAUCGCCCCGAUGCGAAGUGGUAUAUCUUCAUGGAGGAUGAUUCCUACCUGUUCCUCCCCAACAUCGUCCGCUACCUCGAGAAAUUCGACCACACGGAGUCAUGGUAUCUUGGCAGUCUGGCCUGGAUCCAUGGAGAUUACUUCGCCCACGGCGGCUCCGGGUUCGCGCUGUCGCGCGGCGCCUGGGAGCAGAGCUUCGGCAGCGACCCUCACCUCGUCCAGAAGUUCGAGGCCUUCACCGAAGCCCAUGGGUGUGGCGAUCACAUUCUUGGCCAUGCACUGAAGGAAUACGGCGUGCAAUUCGGUGAGACCACCGAUGACAGCCGCUUCCGAUACGGUUUCAACCCCGAGUCCCACUGGUCCACCUGGUUCGAGCAGGACAACUGGUGCCAGCCGGUCUACAGCUGGCAUCACACCCACGGGAGAGACGUUGCGAGAUUCUACAGCCUCGAGCAGUCGUGGGACUUCGACCACCGGCCCCUCCAAUUCCGUGACAUCUACCAGGCGCUGGUCGCCCCUUACCUCCGUUCCCGGGUGGAAUGGUGGGACAACUUGUCUUCCAAGCAUGAGAUUCGAUCCAGUAACGCAAAGCAUGUUCAGGCCCCCAGCACGGUCAAGUCAACUGAGACCUGGCGCAGUGCCUGGCAGUCGGUGGACGCAUGUGAGGCCGCCUGUACUGCCUGGGCGGAAUGUGUGCAGUGGUCGUUUUACGAGGACCUGUGUAAGAUGGACAGCAUGAUUUUUCUGGGAAGUGGCAUUCCUGCAGGCGAUCCGCGCCGCCAGAGCAACUUGAUGUGGACCAGCGGAUGGCUUCCACGCCGAGUCGAGAACUGGGGCUGCCAGUAG